GAAGAGAGACACUACACAUGCCAUGAAUGUGGGAAAAGCUUCAAUCGGAGCUCUGCCCUUAUCAGACAUCAGACAAUCCACACAGGUGAGAAACCUUAUGAAUGCUCUGAGUGUGGGAAAUGCUUCAUCGAUAGUUCAGCCCUCAUCUCUCAUCAGCAAAUCCAUACCGGAAAAGCGCCCCACACAUGCUCAGUGUGUGGAAAAAGCUUCAGGCGGCGUUCUCACCUUAUCACACAUCAGAGAAUCCACACAGGACAGAUGCCUUACACGUGCUCAGAGUGCGGGAAAAUCUUUAGUCAGAGCUCAGACCUUAUCACACAUCGUAGAAUCCACACAGGAGAGAAGCCCUACACGUGCUCUGAGUGCGGGAAAAGCUUUAAUCAGAGCUGUCACCUUAUCACACAUCGGAGAAUCCACACAGGAGAGACGCCAUACACGUGCUCCGAGUGCGGGAAAAGCUUUAGUCAGAGCUCAGACAUUAUCAGACAUUGUAGAAUCCACACAGGACAGACGCUCUACACGUGCUCUGAGUGUGGGAAAAGCUUUAGUCAGAUCUCAAACCUUAUCAGACAUUGUAGAAUCCACACAGGAGAGAAGCCCUACACAUGCUCUGAGUGUGGGAAAAGCUUCAAUCAGAGCUCAAACCUUAUCAAACAUAGGAAAAUCCACAUGGGUGAGAAACCUUAUGGAUGCUCUAAGUGUGGGAAAUGUUUCUUUAAUCGUUCAGACCUCAUCUUACAUCAGAGAAUCCACACAGGGGAGAAGCCCUACACAUGCACUGAGUGCGGGAAAAGCUUUAGUCAGAGCUCAGACCUUAUCAGACAUCAGAGAAUCCACACAGGAGAGAAGCCCUACACAUGCUCUGAGUGUGGAAAAAGCUUCGGGCGGCGCUCUCACCUUAUCACACAUCAGAGAGUCCACACAGGACAGGCACCUUACAUGUGCUCUGAGUGCGGGAAAAGCUUUAGUCAGAGCUCAGACCUUAUCAGACAUCGUAGAAUCCACACAAAGGAGAAGCCCUACACAUGCUCAGAGUGUGGAAAAAGCUUUAGUCAGAUCUCAGACCUUAUCAGACAUCGUAGAAUCCACACAGGAGAGAAGCCCUACACAUGCUCUGAGUGUGGGAAAAGCUUCAAUCAGAGCUCAAACCUUAUCAAACAUAGGAAAAUCCACAUGAGAGAGAACUGU